AACAACAUGCCCAAGCAGGUGGAGGUACGAAUGCAUGACAGCCAUCUCAGCUCAGAGGAACCGAAGCAGCGGCAUCUAGGCUUGCGUCUGUGUGACAAGCUGGGGAAGAAUCUCCUGCUCACGCUAACCGUGUUCGGUGUCAUCCUGGGGGCAGUGUGUGGAGGGCUUCUUCGCUUGGCAUCUCCUCUCCACCCUGAUGUGGUCAUGUUAAUAGCCUUCCCAGGGGACAUACUCAUGAGGAUGCUAAAAAUGCUCAUCCUCCCUCUCAUCAUCUCCAGCUUAAUCACAGGGUUGUCGGGCCUGGAUGCUAAAGCCAGUGGGCGCUUAGGCACAAGAGCCAUGGUCUAUUACAUGUCUACAACCAUCAUUGCUGCCGUGCUGGGGGUCAUCCUGGUCUUGGCUAUCCACCCGGGGAACCCCAAACUCAAGAAGCAGCUGGGGCCCGGGAAGAAGAAUGAUGAAGUGUCCAGCCUGGAUGCCUUCCUGGACCUUAUUCGAAAUCUCUUUCCUGAAAACCUGGUCCAAGCCUGUUUUCAACAGAUACAAACGGUGACCAAGAAAGUCUUGGUGGCACCUCCGUCAGAUGAGGAGGGCAAUGCCACCAAUGCUGUCAUCUCCUUGUUGAACGAGACUGUGAUGGAGGCACCUGAGGAAGCGAAGGUGGUUAUCAAGAAGGGCCUGGAGUUCAAGGACGGCAUGAAUGUCUUAGGUCUGAUAGGGUUUUUCAUUGCUUUUGGCAUCGCCAUGGGGAAGAUGGGAGAGCAGGCCAAGCUGAUGGUGGAAUUCUUCAACAUUUUGAAUGAGAUUGUAAUGAAAUUAGUGAUCAUGAUCAUGUGGUACUCUCCCCUGGGUAUCGCCUGCCUAAUUUGUGGAAAGAUCAUUGCAAUCAAGGACUUAGAAGUGGUUGCUAGGCAACUGGGGAUGUACAUGAUCACGGUGAUUGUGGGCCUCAUCAUCCAUGGGGGCAUCUUUCUCCCCUUGAUUUACUUUGUAGUCACCAGGAAAAACCCUUUCUCCUUUUUUGCUGGCAUUUUCCAAGCUUGGAUCACUGCGCUGGGUACUGCUUCCAGUGCCGGAACUUUGCCUGUUACCUUCCGUUGCCUGGAAGAAAACCUGGGAAUCGAUAAGCGCGUGACCAGAUUUGUCCUCCCGGUCGGAGCAACCAUCAACAUGGACGGUACAGCCCUUUAUGAAGCGGUGGCCGCCAUCUUUAUUGCCCAGAUGAAUGGUGUUAUCCUGGAUGGAGGCCAGAUUGUGACUGUGAGCCUCACGGCCACGCUGGCGAGUGUGGGUGCAGCCAGCAUUCCCAGUGCGGGCCUCGUCACCAUGCUCCUCAUCCUGACGGCUGUGGGCCUGCCGACGGAGGACAUCAGCCUGCUGGUGGCCGUGGACUGGCUGCUGGACAGGAUGAGAACUUCAGUCAAUGUUGUGGGGGACUCUUUUGGGGCUGGGAUUGUCUAUCACCUCUCCAAGUCUGAGCUGGAUACCAUUGACUCCCAGCAUCGAGUGCACGAAGAUAUUGAAAUGACCAAGACUCAUUCCAUUUAUGAUGACGUGAAGAACCACAGGGAAAGCAACUCUAAUCAAUGUGUCUAUGCCGCACACAACUCUGUCAUAGUAGAUGAGUGCAAGGUGACUCUGGCAGCCAAUGGAAAGUCCGCCGACUGCGGAGUUGAGGAAGAACCGUGGAAACGUGAAAAAUAAGGAUAUGACUCUCAGCAAAUUUUUGAACAAACUCCCCAGCGUAUCUUAUGGUAAAAAGAGAAUAUAAACAAGCUGUCUUUAAAAAGGAAAAAAAAGUGCACCUAUUUCUGUGUUUACUUAAUCUGCUAGCCAAGGCUUCGAGGAUCUGUUGUGAGUCAGUGAUAGGCGCGGUGCUGUGUCUUUGCCAAGUGAUGCUUUGUAACUGCCUCAUUUUCUCACCUGUAUUAUUGUCUGAACGAAGAUUGCUGGAGGAAUCAGUUUGAAUUGAAGACACAUUCUUGCCAGCUUCCCUUUGCUCUCUAAAUGCAGAGCCUCGGAAGCUCUUUUCCCAGGGGACAUGACUAAAGCGAUGUGGUACACUCCGGGGACUUGGGAUAAAGAGCAGACACUCAGUGUGUGAUUCCUUCAAGUGUUCUCCGUGCUUCUGCUUUGUUAUGCACAAGAGAUUCUGUUAGAAGCCCCUAGACGUAAUUCUCUUGAAAUGUCUUGUAGAGUUUGCCCAUGGGUUGAUUAAAAGCAAUUCCCUGUCUUCGGGAACUCAGAAUCUAUCUUCUGUAUACUCUUUCAACUAAAUAUUUCAAAGAGGAUGGUAGUGGGAACUGUGUUCUUCAAGGCAGCUGAUUACGGAACCCACUGAGUUUCUGCUCUGCCCUAUCCAGUCUGGGGAAAUAAUCACUGAAAUUUCAAAGUAGGUUUCAUAAUUUGCUCUCAAUUUGAUAAUGGAUUAGGAUGUAAUUUGCAUAUGGCCGCUGUACAUAUUGACAAAAGUAAGAGAGCACAACCAACGUAAACUUUAACCAGAUUCAAAUAUUCAAAUUCGUUUGUGUUUGGUUUGCAUUCACCUGGCAUAGUGAAAUCAAGUGAGAUGAUUUGAUUGAUGCUUUACUUUCUUUGUUUCAGCCGUAAAAUUCUUCUUUGGACUUCUAACAAAGAAAAAAGGAGAUUUUUUUAAUCAGCAAAUUAUUUUAGUUACAGUCUCAUUAACCUAGAAGGCCGAAUCAUUCAACUCUCCUCACACGUGGAGGACAGUUACAUUGGCUGCGCCUCUUAAUACCGUCUCUCGAU